GGGCAGAAUCAAAUCCCAGCAUCAACUGAACGGGCUACCGGAGUGUCCUUGAAGGAUGGAGGGAAGCGCCCUGAGUUGCACCCAUCCCUUGCAGCUUGCUCAGCACAGCACGCGCCGCCAACACCCGCCCUCUUCCGCGCGCAGUGCCUCGUGCUGCGGUCCUUGGGAUUGGGCUCGGGGAAGGAAAGCGUGAGCUCCCGGGACCGGAGGGAGGGGAGGGGAGAGGAGGGAGGCAGAUAGACCGCGGCAAGCCGUCGGAGCGGCGGAAGUGCGCCACAAGGCGAGCGACGAACGGCGAGGGAGAAAUAAAACAAAAGCGCGGUGCGCUCGGUGGGCCGCGCUCCCUCCCAGGCUGAUGCGGCGGGCGAGGUCGCGGCUGAGGUAACGGAGGACGCGCGCCCGCACCGGAGAGCCGGCGGCCAUGGAAUUCCAGCAGUUCGUCGACAUCGCCGACAAAUGGUGCUACAACACCCCGUUCGAGCUCAUCGCCACCGAGGAGGCCGAGAGCCGCCUGGAUUUCUACGCGGAUCCCGGUGUUUCCUUCUACGUCCUGUGCCCAGACAGCGACUUCAGGGAUAAUUUUCAUGUAUGGAGUGAAAGUGAAGACUGUCUACCAUUCCUACAAUUGGUACAAGAAUACAUCUUAUCCUGUGGGAAGAAGACCCUCUCUGAAGUACUGGAAAAAGUCUUCAAGUCAUUCAAACCUUUGCUGGGUCUUCCAGACGUGGAUGAUGAUGCAUUUGAAGAUUACAAUGCUGAUGUCGAAGAGGAGGAGCCCGAAGCAGACAGCCAGCAUAUGAGCGUCAGUCAACAGUAAAUGUGUGCAGAGCAGAGUCAGCUUGCAUGAAGUUCAGUUAUUUUGUUGAUGGAUGACCCUCAUUCACCCUUCCAUUCCUGAUACAUGUACAGCCUUUAUUUGGAUCAAGUUCAAAUAACAUACCUAAACCACAUUUAGUUUGUUCUGUACAUAGCUUAAUGUUCAUCAUUUUCUCAAGUUGAAAGCUGUAAGGAAAUGUGACACAUGGUAUGGAGAUAAAUGUACUAAACUGGCUUUUGAGGAAAAUAAAAUUCACUGUAUGGUCAUACCUACAUUGAGGAGGUAAGACUACUUUAAUUUACAGUCAGUUUUUUGAACUUGGGCUUUUAUUUGGAUAAGGAUUUUAUUUUUAAAAAAGGAUUGAUUAAUCCACUAAUUUCAAUUAAUGCAAUUUUAAAGCAGUAUUGGGCAAUUUCCUGCCAAAAUACUGCAAUGUUGUCAUAAGGAUUGUUUACUGGAAAAUUUUAUUCUUAGAUUGGUACCUGGAAUUGCAUAGAUUUUACAGCAUUGAAAUAGGCCCAAAUAGUAUGCACUGGUAUUAUGUUCCACACGUACCCUACUUUAAGUAAAACAAUCUGCGUAUCAUUCCAUUUAUUGUGGCAUAAUUUGUAUUUCAAAUACCCUCUUAACAUGUUUUUUAAAAAGAUAUUGAUUGUGUUUAUUUAAGUGUAGUUGCCCAACAAUAAAUUUGAAAGAAAGCAAUGAGUUGUGAUGAGUCUGGAGAGUAACUGUUUGAUAUAGAUUUCAUUUUAAGUUUCCAUCAGGUAGUUUUGUAAUGAUUAUUUGAAUUAAAAUAUCCUUGAGGACACUUUAAUUAAAAUGCAACACUGACUUAGAACUGACAUCUGCUUGCAUAAGUUUGUUACAUAGCAAAAUCAAGAAUGUGCUGUUAUGUAGAAGCUUGAAAGCAUUACUGUUUUCUGCUACUGCUGUAUGUACUGCAGAUACUGUAUGCUGUACUGCAUUAACUAUUGCUUGGCUUUUAAUGCACUGCAGUCUGUUGGGUACUUUGAUUUACUUCCUGUGCAUCUCAGACAAAACAUUUACAGCUAUGACAUUCCCAGUUGUAGAUCAAAAAUGGCACAGUAUUUAGCUCUUUGUUGAUGUGUGUUAAUAGAAGGAGCUGUAAAUUUGCUUUUAGUUGGAGGAACUCGGUAACAUGUAUGAAAGAAUUUUAAAAAAACGUAAUGCUCAUUGAAUAAUGGGUGUGUUACUUGGUAUGUUGUAAGUGGUAAAUUGUACUGUAUCUGGCCUGUGGAUCUUUUGUACUGUAUGUCUAUAUAUUAUAAAACAGAAUGGCUUGUGUAAUCCUAGAACAUUUGAGAUGGGGGGGGGGGAGAAACUUGAUGUUUUAAGAUGCCUUUUAAUGAGCUGAUGGUUUAAAGUAAGUCAGUGUAUUCAUCUGCCUGCAGUUGGAGUUUUUAUUGACUUGGGUAAGGCAGGCCAUGGGGAGUAGUGGUGUUUAAUGUAAAUAUUCUGUUCUACAGUAUAUGUACUGUACAGAUAAUCAAAGUAAAAGCUUGGUCUGUACUUCGUGAACAGUACCCAGUGUUUUAAUGUUAUGACAGUUGAGCAUCUGGAUUUUUGAAUUGCAAAGGAGGGAGUCCACUGUUAAUAGGUGUUGAAUUGCACCUCUCAAAUGCAUGGCUGGUUGAUCUAGGAGGUAUUUUAAUUUUAGUAGUUUAUUAUAAAAGAAGGUACUUCAUAGUUGAUGUGUCGUGGUCUUUUGCAAUCUGCAGCACUUCAUUUAUAGAUACCUCAAUGCUUUUGUUGACCUAUCAGUCUAGGUUUAAAAAUGGUUAAAAACAAAUUGGACCAAUGAAUUUCUCUAAUACAAAUUAAACUCUUAAACUGUUUGAAAAUAUAUUGGAUUUAAUGAAAGAUAAUAUUACAUUGGUUAUCUCUCCUUUUAGAUUGAUUAAAACGUUACUUUUAUGUAUUUAGACUGAAUUUGUAAAGCACAUGUUUUUGUUUUUAAUAGUUUUAUGAUGGUUAACAAAAGGCUACUGUACUUUAACAUGCUCUACACUAAGUAUGCUGAAAAUAAAUUAUUCAAACAUU